AUGAAUGAAUACAACAUAAAGAUGAAUUUAUCUUCCCUCAACUCCUCCUCUUGGAAAGCAGAGUCCGUGGUGAUUUCUUUGGGGUUUUCGCUCAUUUUCCUGGUCGGCACGGUUGGAAACUCUCUGGUGCUCGCUGUUCUGUUCCGCAACGGACAGACGAACACCAAAACCACCAACCUGUUCAUCCUCAACCUCGCGAUAGCGGAUCUUUGCUUUAUUGUGUUCUGUGUGCCUUUUCAAGCCACCAUCUACACUCUGGAUGAAUGGGUGUUCGGUCCUGUGGUCUGUAAAGUCGUUCACUUCGUCAUUUUUCUCACCAUGUACGCCAGCAUCUUCACCCUGGCAGCUGUUUCCCUGGACAGGUAUUUGGCCAUCUGCUACCCUCUCCGCUCCAGGGAGAUGAGAACACCAAAGAACGCCCUCACCUCCAUCGGUCUGGUUUGGGGUUUGGCCCUGGUUUUCUCCGGACCGUAUCUCAGCUACUACAGACAGAUGAACCUGGCCGGCGCUGUGUUGUGUAUCCCUGCCUGGGAGUCCAAACCACGCAUCGUAAUGGACGUUUGCACCUUCAUCUUUGGCUACCUCAUCCCCGUCCUGGUGCUCAGCCUCACCUACGUUCGCACCAUCAGGUACCUCUGGACCAGCGUGGACCCUGUGAAGGACAUGUCCGAGUCGAGGCGGGCCAAGCGUAAAGUCACCAAGAUGAUCAUCAUCGUCACCGCCCUCUUCUGCCUUUGCUGGCUCCCCCAUCACCUGGUCAUCCUCUGCAUGUGGUUCAGACGCUUCCCCCUCAACCACACCACCUACAUCCUCCGCAUCCUCUCCCACCUGGUGGCUUACGCCAACUCCUGCCUCAACCCCAUCGUCUACGCGCUCGUCUCCAAGCAUUUCCGCAAAGGCUUCAGGAAGGUUUUCAGCUGCUCGUUGAGGAGGAGGGAGGUCACCAAGGUGCAGGUCAUCCAGGCAGUGAACACGGUCAGUAGCGUGGAGACGUCCAACUAGAGACGGAAGCCUCCGACCGGACUGGAGGAAGGAGAGGUAAAGCCAACUGAGCAUUAUGAACUGACUUUACCCAGAAACUGUCUUUAGAUGACAUGACAUCCCAACAGUAUAAAUUUCACCUGAGUAAAAAACAACUAGACUGUAGGUUCAUCUGUUUGGAAAGUAUGAGGAUACCUCAGGACGAAGAAAGGCUGCAAGGUUUCCUGUUCAUAGAUAAGGCUGCAUGGAGGAAAGAGAUGAAUCAACGAAAACCUUUAUCACUUGGGGCUGUAUUUGACACAGUUAAAACAACGUGAAGCUUUGGUCCAGGAUUACGGAUUACUAUGAAAUUUUGUUCAGACACUCUUGUUCCCCAGAAGAUGAAGCCUCCUGACUUCUAUGAUCCUUUGGCGCCACCAUGAGGUUGACAUGUUUGUCUUUUAGUGAGACGUCAAAGAAUUGUAGCAGGAUUUGUGCUCUUGAAUCCAGGCUUUUCAAAAGAUAUCAUCAGGUGCGCCCCGCCAAAUUAAAAGUCCAACUUAACAAAAAGAUUUCCCGCACACUGACGAAAAAGUAGAAAAGGCUCUUAAGAUGCAGAAAAGGAUCUGUUUACUUCAUGUGCAAAUAGUGACACUUUGAAAAAUGUGACAAAGAGUGAAUGUUUCAGUCAAAGCGAAGUGGAUUUCUCGAACGUUCAGUGUAGAUAUUCAUGGUGUCAAAUUCCAAUACUUUUUAUGACCAAAUAUCUGCAAAACUAAUGACAUUCCCAUCAGCCUCACCUGUACAUUGUUUAAUCCUCAUUAGAAGACUCUUAAGUGCGAAUCACAGGCAGCGUUGCGUCAGGUAUUUAGACAUUUAAAUGACUCCAUCUCUCCAAUUGUGCCACUUAACGCUGCCAGUUCAGACGCAACGGUUUUUAAACUCUUAACUCUGCUCGAACAGCUUCAAUGUCAGACCUAGUUGGUUGUCCAGUCCAGCCCUCACGUCUGUUUUCAGUGUGCUGACGAAGACGUCUUGUAAGGUUGAUAGUAUCUCGCUCCUAAAAGCUACGGGGUUAAAUGUAGUGUUAAUGGUAGCGGGCGUGUUCUGUCCCCUGCUCUUACCCAAAAGUCGGAGGUCAAACGUUGGAAGGGAGGAAGAUGGCUGGAGGUUUCUGACAUUUUGCAACAUGAAAAAUGGCAGUCAAAUCAAGUUUUUACAUGUUCUGUGGAGCUUUGCGAGAUACGUCUACUACAUAACUGGCUCAGCAGCGCCCCCUGUCAUUUAAAUGAGUUACCAUUGAGCAUCAUGAGCUUAUCUCUUUAUUAGUGUCUAAAAAAAAGAAUAAUGACUAUUGCCACUCUUUUUAAUGUCUGUCUGAUGUUUUAACUUCUAUAAAACAGUUUCAUGUAGUUGUUUUAAAAAAAAAGAAGCUGCAAAGUGCUUUACAAAAAUAAUAAAUCCAGGAAAACAUAAAGCUCAGAGUGAGAUGAAAUAUAAAUUAAACACAAUAUUGACAAAUUAAAUUAAAAAAAGAAAGAAGGCAACAAAAUGACAGAGCUGCAAAACACAAAUAAAGUGUUUUUAAAGGAGAUUUAAAUGGAGAUAAAAAGCUACUUUGCCUGAUUCACGUCAUCGUCACCCAAAAGAUUUGAUCGAGUUUGCAGAUGAAAAGACUCAGCAGAGUUUUUUAGAUUGAAAACGAGAUGAAUUGUACAUGAAGAGGGUCGGUGGUGCAGAAUUUGUGCAGGAAACUGCCUGAAGAGUUUGUGGGUGGACUGAAAAAAAAAACCCAACUAAUUGUCAGAACGUUACACAACCAGCAGUUUCCGGACGGUUUUCAAACAUUUCUAGAUAUCCAAAUAUACGUCUGUUGUGUUGCUAACUCUGCAUCUUGUACAGAUACUUCAGUACUUCAGUGUUAUCUCUACUGAAAAUGUGCUGCAUGAUAAUGUAUUGUCCCUGGAGGGAUUUGUCAUUUAAAUAGCCUCAGUGUUGUUUAAGUGAUGUUUUGGCAGAUUAUAUUUUGUGACUGGCUGUGCAGCUGAAGCUCUGCCAUUAUGUCUGAGAGCAUAAAAGUGAUUUGUUACUGUGAUGUGAGUUGUACAAGUAAACUUUUCUUUGUGUUUGCAUGCAGACAAUAUUAUUGUCACCGGAGUAAUAAAACCCUUCGAUGUUAUAUAUUUUCACAGCGCUGUGAAGGUCGAGUGGAUUGUUUGUGAGAUCUUUCAUAGAGAUUACACUGUCGAGCUGCUGCCUGCUACAUGAUAUAACAGAAUUAUGUCUUCAGAGGUUGACAGAAGCACAGUGGUUGAGUUCAUUCGAAGGAUGGUUUUCUGUUGUUUUGCAGACAUGAAGAUUCCUGACUUCAGGGUUUACAUACUGUGGGUGUGUCACACUUGAUUUCCGGGAAAACGCUCACAGAAAAAACAAACAAGAACCAAGAAAACUGACAGACUGAGGUUUACUGUACAGUGAUAAUGACCUCUAGGGCUGUCAGGAGGAUACGAGCUACAUUAACCUGCAUUAAAUAUCAUGAGGAAUAACAUCUAAUGGAUUCAUUAAUCAGUGUUUGCAUUAUGUAUUUUUCUGUCUGUGCAGGUUUGGGUUUUGUUAUUGAAGCUGAGAACAAUAAUCUGUGUUUCAGGCAGAAUUAUCCUCUUGUCUGGGUGUGAAAUUUUACAGUGAAACCUGAAAUAAUGGCUUUUUUGAGGGGGAAUUCGCAUCUCUACUGCGUUUAAAGCUGCACUUAUUAAUAUUUUUAUGAGUCACAUUUCUCCUCUUUUUUGAUAUCAGAGACCAAACUGGUAUCAACCCUCCAUCAAACUACUAGUAAGACCAGCAACAUCAUGCAGUCAAUAUUUUGAGGGGGCAUAUAAUAUAUAUAAGUUGUUACCAGUAAUUAUCUGUUUUGGCUUCUAUGUUUAUGUCCUCUAACUAUCUACACUACAAUAAUUAAAUGACACUUAUUGACACUAUAUUGCAUUUAAUAGCAAUAUUGAAGAAGACAAUGUUAGUGAAAAGGCUUUAAACUCAGGGAAAAUGUUAGUAAGUUAAAAAAAAAUCUCCUCACGUCUGUCCUGUUUUGCAUUUCAGUGCUGCAAAUUUGUUUUGACAGAAACAAUAAUUUUGCUACUAAUAAUAGCAAAGGACAACAAGCUAACACUAAGGUUAAUGACUUGUGGGUUAGAGUCAAAAACCACUGAUGCUAAAGUCACUUUAAAUAUGAAUAUUUCUGAAGCUUGAAGUAAUUUACAAAUCCUUUUCAAGUCUUACAGUUUUAUGGCGGUUUG